AUGCCCGCAAAUCCGUACGAUCUAGAUCCCGAGGUUCAAGCAAUCUUGAAAAUUGAAACUUUUCAGCAAGGAAAUUUCACUACCAAAGAAUUUGUUGAAAACACGUCAAAAAACCUGUUGAAACAAGCCAAUCCAAGAGCUUUUGAUCCUAAACCAUUUAUAAGAACGUUUGAAAGAUCCAUUGAUGAACUUUUGAAACUUCGAGAUUCAGUUAAUAAAGAGAGUAAAGACUUGGAAACAAGUAUGCAGCUCAUUGAAUCCGGCCAUCGAAAAAAAUUAGUCGAGCUGAAGACUACCUUUGAAGAUGUUGUUCACUCAUUUGAAACUUUGGAAACAAGAAUUAAUGAAGUGGGCAACACUGCAAUCAGAAUUGGGGAACAACUAGAGACGAUUGAUAGGCAGAGGUUGCGCGCCUCUGAAUCUAAAGAAUUGAUCGAAUAUUUCAUGGAAUUUAACAGAGGCGAUAUUUCACAAUUAGAGGAUUUGCGAACUCGAGGAGGAAAGGAAGGCCAGUUUAAAGCUGCAAUUAUAGCAAGAAGAUUGAAUGCUAUUGCAAAAGAAGUAGAUAUUCCUGGAGGUGAAUUUGCUAGAUCUCGCAUUGAGAAAUAUUGUGAGGAUUUGGAGAAAGAAUUGCUUGAACAAUUUGAUAAAGCAUAUAGACGAAAGGAUGUUAAAGUUAUGCAGCAUUGUGCAAGAACACUUCAAGAAUUUAACGGUUGUGAAUCUUGUAUCAAAUUAUAUGUCAAUCAACACGAGUUUUUUAUUACAAAAAUAAAUUUGAGUCAAGCAAAUGGAUUUUUGACAAGUUCAAGUUGGACUGAUUUACCAAACCCUGAAGUAUCGCCACCACCGGUCGACCAAGGACUUGUCGAGCUUUAUAAGGAGAUUAGAACAACAGUCAAGCAAGAAGCAGAAAUUAUAAAUGUCGUUUUUCCAAAUCCUGUUAAUGUUAUGCAAGUAUUUUUGCAGCGUAUAUUCGCUCAAUUGAUUCAAACUUACUUGGAAAGUCUUUUGACGCAUGCAGAAAAUGAUUCUACGCUAGCUUACCUACGUUCUUUGGCAGCAGUUCGAACUGCUACAAUAGAAUUAGUUGAAGACAUGAAAAGUCUUGAUAUGAGGCAAAAAGGGGAUUCUAACAUAAUUCCCUCAGAUGUAGUUGAGGAAGGUUCUCGUAAAAGUAAUACGGUUGCAGAAUUAUUGGAUCAAUGCAUUGAGGAUUUGUUCGUUCCGUAUACUGAGGGUGACCGUUACAUUGAAAAAGAGAAGAAAUCCUUAAGUGAAUUAUAUUCAUCCUUGCUAUUGCAAUUCAAUGCUUAUCAUGUAGCGCAUGCAGGAAGCUUGUUUCAGCGUGCUGUAAAUCAAAUAACAUCAUCUUCCUUGCCUAAUAACUAUGGCGGGAGAGAUAUUACUGAUAUGAUGACCACAGAAGAGGAUGGAAAUUUAUCCAUAAAUACAGCCAUGCUAAUAUUUAAAAUCCACGCUGAAGCCAUAAGACGUUCAGUUAAACUUAGUCCUCCUACUGAAUUACCCAAGUUUACUAGUACACUGUUCCAAGUUUUGUUGGACAGUAUUGGCAAACAAUAUUUGGACAUCGCCUUAGACACGUCUUUAGAUCAGAUCGUCGCUAUGGAUUCAAAGUCUGAUCCUGAUUUUAAACCCUUGACAGUGGUAAAGCUCGCAAAAGACGUUAUAUAUCUUGCCCAAAAUCAUUUUCAAACAGCAAUUCUUCCUUUGGCUUCUCCAUCGUUGACUAUACACCGAGACCUUACUUCGGAUAAAAAUAGAUUUAUGAUGGGUGUGGAAAAUAAAAUAAAUUCGGCUAUACAAAAGAUGAUCGACGUCAUUAUUGCAAGGUUAAGUUACCUAUUAUCACGACAGAAGAAAGUAGAAUUCAAGCCAAAAGAUGAAGAUGAUAUAAUCGCUAGUUUGGCGACAAUGCCUUGUAACAAUUGUGUUGAAUAUUUGAAGAAAGUACAUUCAUCAAUUAGUCAGUGUCUUGAUGGAAAAAAUCUGGAAUAUGUUUUGAUUGAAAUUGGUGUAGCAUUUCACAGUAUGCUCUUGGAGCAUUUCAAAAAAUUCGCAGUGAGUGCAGCAGGAGGUUUGGUUCUAACAAAGGAUAUAACAAAGUAUCAAGAAACAAUUACAUUGUUUAAAAUUUCCCAACUCGACGAUCGCUUUGAGAUGUUGCGUCAAUUAGGAAAUCUUUUCAUUGUUAAACCAGAAAUCCUUAAAUCUGUACUUAAUGAAGGUUAUCUUGCUAAAAUAGAUGUCAAAUAUCUUUUUCCCUACCUUCAAGCUCGUACAGAUUUUAAGUCGGCUGGAAUUGAUACAUUAUUAGGAGCAACAGUUGAAAUUGGUGCUGGGGAAAGAAAUUUUAAUGAAAAAGCAAGAGCUAGAUUGGCUGCUAUGGGGCUUAAUAUCAAUAUUGGAUUAGGAGAUACAGUCGCAGGUGGAAGGAAAUGGAUGACAUUAGCAUAA